AGUGACCAUCAUGCACAUCUCAGUUGUUUGCCUCGUACUCACCUGGGGAUUAGGCCACAGUCACGCAGCCACAACCAUUCUACAUGGCAACGGCCAGUUGGCCAGUGCCGUUUCCCACCAGAGCUUCACCAGACUAUCGUCAGCGGAGCCACUAAUCCUCCAGUCCCAAAAGCAGUUGGUUGCUCCUUCAGCCAGGAUUGUCAGCCAUCACAGAGCUGCGGGGGAGCAGUUGGAGAGGUUCUUCCCGGCGGCGGAGCAGGAGGAGGAGGUGCAGCUGCCCACCAUCUCCGGUCAGACACCAGCCCACCUCACCUACGCCGCCCAUCCGGUGGUGCACCAAAUGCUGCCGAGGAUUAAGCCCGUGCGGAACAUUAGCUUCGCCUCUUUAGUCCCAGGACCCCGCAGUUUGCCCACCCAUCGCAACUUGUCACCAGUUUAG